CUGCGCUCCCCAUUUGCUUGCUACCCAUGUCAAGACGCAUCUACCUCAUGGUUUUGCUCACUCUUCUUCCGGCUUCGGGCCACCUCGUCGGCGGCGGGCGCCAUCCGGCGUCGCGGAUACGCGCCCCCGGCGCGCGCGCCGACGGCGCCGCCGCAGCCCCCACGUUUGAGAGCAAACUCCGUCACUUUGCGCCGGCCGCGGAUCUCCCCGCGCUGCGGACCGAGGCAGCGAGGCUUGAGAACGAUCUGCAGUCGGCGGUGGAGGAGCAGGACUUUGCCGCCGCCGCGAUGCUUCGCGACGACAUUUCCCAGCUGCGGCAAAAGGACCCCGCUUUUCUCGCCAGCAACCUGCGCGAGCGGCUCGAGGCGCUGGUGCGGCGCGAGUCCUACGGCGAGGCGGCGACGACGCGCGAUCAGCUGCUUGUGCUGCGGCGGUUUCAACCGCAGUACCAGCUCGCCGGCUUGUGGAAGGGGAACUAUCCCAACCACGGCGAGGCGACGAUCAAGAUUCACUAUGAGGGCGAUACCCUCGUCGCUGUCAAGGUGACGGGCGACGAGCACGUGCCCGCCGGCGAGACCACUUUCCGCGCCGAUCUGACGACGCCCUACCAGGAGCCCGCCGCCGUCGAGGCUGUCGAGGAGGACCUUGUCGGCGUGAGGGUGGAGGUGGUCUCGGUCGGCUCGGACGGGACGUCGCAGCAACGCGAGGUGGAGCGGUACCAGGGGGAGGGGCGCAUCGCGGCGCGCGGCUUCCAGCACGCCCACUACGUGCCUGGCCAGCUCUUCCUGAUGGACAACGACGUGAUUGGCUUUCUCUGGCUGCAGCUUGGGACCUUUGUCGUCUUCAACCGUGUGCAGGACGGGCCCGACGAGAUGAUUGAGCGGCGCGCCGUCGACGCCUAGGAUGCGUUAUGCACCCGUUUUUUCGCUCAUGGUGCCACAUGAUUGAUAGGACCGAUGCCCGAACCAGAACCUUGUGUUGUACCGUAACCGUUGUGUUUGUGCAGAGAGAUGUAUGAGAGAUGGAGAGGGCCCGCGGUACGGGGUUUCUUUUUCUACUUCUUUCCUCCAACUUGGGGAGAG